UUUUAAAAAAAGUUGGUGAGAGUACAUGUGGUGAUGACACCUAGGAAAUGGCACUUAUGUAAUAAACACAUGAGGCCAAGGUUUAUUUUUAUCAAUGCUCCUCCUUUAAUAAGAAAGGGAUUAAGAUACCACCAAAGACGGCCUAAUAAAUAAUAAUUAACAAGGAUUAUAUAUUAGCUAGUAUAAUAUUAAGACCAUAUCAAAAGAAAGAUUAACAAUUGCUUUUUAGAGGACCAGCUAGAAAGUAUUAUUCAAAACCCUCAACAUGUAAAUAAGGAAAAGAUUAGAGACUCAAAUUAAUGGAUAAUGUAUUUAUAUAUGUUCAUUAUUUAAUAAAUCCAAAAAACUAACCAAAAUACCAAUAUGAAAACCGGACCGGACCUUAGGUCUAAUCAUUAAAAUUAAAAAAAAAAAACUAAUUGGAAAUUCAAAUCUAGAAGAUAAAAAUCAAAUGGAAACUAAAACAUUUUUAAAAUUAUAUCUCAAAUUAAAUAGUUUUUUUCUAAUUAGCUAUAUUUAAGCUGAAUCAGAUACAUACCUAAACCGAACUCCGACCGAUUUAUAAUCAACUGGAUUAUGAAGGAAAAGUCGUCAAAAAGAUUGAGCCCUUUUAAAAAUUAUGGAGAAAUAAUUGUCGUUUAUUUAAACUUAUGGUCCCCAUUAAUUAAAAAUCACAUAACGAAAAUUAAUAAAAAAUUAAAAACAUACUGAAGUCUACGUUCUCUGGCGGCUUUAAAGAACUUUUCAAAACACGACAGCUUCAACAACAAGCAAAAAAAAGAACUCACAGACAAAAACUAUAAGAAAACAACAAACACAGACAUCACAAACUGUUUUCUUCUCCUCCCUUCGUUUCUUAAACAAAAAAAUAUGGAUAACGUAGUCGCCAAGAAAGUCACGGCGAUGUUUAACCACCGGCGGUUAAACCGCUCUCGAUCAUCACUGUUCACAGCGUUUGCUGCCUCAGUUAUAUCUCUCAUAGUUUUCGCGAUCUUCAUCGUAUCUCAUGUACUGGUUAGAGACAUCUCCGAGGUUGUGAGGAUAGAGAUCAAGACAGUUGUUCCUUACUUACCUCUAAGGUCAGAGAAAGAGCAAAGUAACUAUACGAUCACAGUCACGGAGAGUAACAAUCUUCACGUUCUCGACGUUUUUGGAGGCAGAGACGUGUCCGAGAAGUUUCAGCAGAGAGCAACAGAGUUUUUAAGAGAUGAUUGCGAAGUCAACUUCAUGAUGACGUGGAUCUCUCCCGCGGAGAUGUUCGGUAAGAGAGAGAUCUUGUCGGUAGAAAGCGUGUUUAAGUCUCAUCCUCGAGGCUGCUUGAUCAUUUUAUCAUCAACCAUGGAUUCUCCUCUAGGGUUUAGAAUCUUGAAACCGUUUCUUGAUCGUGGCUACAGAGUUGCAGCUAUAACUCCUGACUUGCCUUAUCUUCUCAAGGACACGGCCGGAGAAACAUGGCUCGAGGAGAUUCAGACAGGGAAACGAGAUCCUGGGAAGAUCUCUUUAGCUCAGAACCUCUCGAACCUCAUGAGACUCGCGUACCUGUUCAAGUUCGGAGGUGUUUAUCUAGACACUGACAUGAUUGUUCUGAAGAGUUUCAAACACUUAAGGAACGUGAUCGGUGCGCAGACUCUCGAACCGGUUUCGAGAAACUGGACGAGGUUAAACAAUGCGGUUUUGAUCUUCGACAAGAACCAUCCUCUCUUGCUCAAAUGCAUUGAAGAGUUCGCGUUGACUUUUAAUGGAAACGUUUGGGGUCAUAACGGACCGUACCUUGUGUCUAGAGUGGCUAGAGCCGUGGAAGGAACCGAGGGAUAUAACUUUACCGUCAUGACACCUUCUGCGUUUUAUUCGGUUAAUUGGGUUGAGAUUGAGAAGCUCUUCAAGGUUCCAAGAACAGAGAAGGACUUGAAGAGAGUUCGAGUCAAGGUUCUUGAGAUGCAGAGGAGAAGCUAUGGGUUGCAUUUGUGGAAUAAGUUUAGUAGUAAGUUUGAGAUUGAACAAGGUAGUGCCAUGGAUAAAAUUGUUACAGAUCAUUGUGUGAUCUGUGAGAAAGUCACUGCAUCAUAAUACUUUGUUUCAUUUUGUAAGUUCAUUCCAUUGUAAGUAUAUAGCUUGUUAACUGUAAUUAGAAAUAAAAAACCUCUUGUUUGGGCUAAUAAAUCAUCCAAAAACUAUUGGGCCUGGCCCAUUUAUUGAUCAA